UCUAGGUGAAUUAAUUUGGCGUCAACAAUGUGCGAAAUUUAAUACCAAAUGGACGUAAUACAGUUAUUGUUAUGGAAAAGACCAAACUUGAAUAUAUUAGGCUCAUGUGUCAAAUGAAAAUGACUGGAGCAAUUUGUAAGCAAUUCAAUGGUUCUGGUGCAUUGCAAGGUUUUAAUCAAGCGGAUUGUUCGAAGUUCUUACAAUUUAUCACUGGUACAUCUAAAGUGCCGUUACAAAGUUUUGCUGCGUUAGAAGGCAUGAACGGCAUACAAAAGUUCCAAAUUCACAGAGAAAACAAGUUGACAGAGUUUUUUUUAAUUUAUCAAAAUAGAGCUUAUAAUUAA